AGAACAGCUGUGUGUGGUGUGUGUGUGUGUGUGGUGUGUGUGUGUGUUCAGAUUGCAGAGUCAGAGAGAGGAGACACGCUUUGUGUCAAACCCCUGUGGAUUAUGAGACUGGUGUGAAGGUGAGGUGAAGUGCACUAGAUUUGUUGGACAUAGAAGGAUUUAGGGUGGAUUUGUGGCUGCAGUGUGGAUUGGGAUGAUGGCAUGGAGUUUACACACUUAGAGCUGGGAAGGAUUUGAGCUUCACACACACACCUGCACAGCAUCACGCUGUAGCUGUACUACCACACAUCGAUGGCUCCUCAUAAACAGUCAUCCCGCGGCUGGGCGUCCAUCCUGUGCUGCUUUAAGAGAAGCGAGCAGCCUGAGAUCACCUACAGCGUCGGCCAUGACACCAACCUCACGCUGCACGCCAUGGAGCCCAGGCUGCCCAUACCUCCGGCCGAGGAGCUGGACGCCAUGUUCUCUGAGCUGGUGGAUGAACUGGACCUCACUGAUACACACAGAGCGGCCAUGUUCGCUCUCCCUGCUGAGAAAAAAUGGCAGAUUUACUGCAGCAAGAAGAUGGAGCAGGAGGAGAAUAAAGGAGCGACGAGUUGGCCUGAUUAUUAUAUCGACCAGAUCAACUCCAUGGCUGCUAGGAAGAUGGUUUUGGCUCUGGAGAAGGAGGAUGAAGAGGAGAGGAACAAAACCAUAGAGGGGUUGAAGACGGCGCUGAGGACACAACCCAUGAGUUUUGUCACACGGUUCAUCGAUCAGGACGGCCUGACGUGUCUGCUGAACUUCCUGAAGAACAUGGAGUACGAGAUGAGCGAGUCUCAGAUCCACACCUCGCUGAUCGGCUGCAUCAAGGCUCUGAUGAACAACACUCAGGGCCGCGCUCACGUCCUCGCUCACCCCGAGAGCAUCAACAUCAUCGCUCAGAGCCUCAGCACCGAGAACAUCCGCACCAAAGUGGCUGUGCUGGAGAUCCUGGGUGCCGUGUGUCUCGUCCCCGGAGGCCACCGCAAAGUCCUGGAGGCCAUGCUGCACUACCAGAAAUACGCCAGUGAGAGGACGCGCUUCCAGACUCUGGUGAACGAGUUGGACCGGAGUACGGGUCGUUACAGAGACGAAGUGAACCUGAAGACGGCCGUCAUGUCCUUCAUUAACGCCGUGCUCAGUCAGGGAGCUGGCGAGUCGAGUCUGGACUUCAGGAUUCACUUACGCUAUGAGUUCCUCAUGCUAGGAAUCCAACCGGUCAUCGACAAACUCCGGAGCCACGAGAAUGAGACCCUGGACCGGCAUCUGGAUUACUUUGAAAUGAAGAGAACUGGAGAUGAGCUGGAGUUGGCCAAGCGCUUUGAGAAUGUUCAUAUCGACACUAAAAGCGCCUCACAGGUGUUUGAACUCAUCCGUAAGAGGAUCAACCACACUGAGGUCUUUCCACACUUCCUUUCCAUCCUCCAGCACUGCCUCCACAUGCCCUAUAAGCGGAGUGGGAACACGGUGCACUACUGGCUCCUCCUCGACCGAAUCGUCCAGCAGAUCGUCCUUCAGACUGAUAAAGGUCACGACCCUGACAUCGCUCCUUUGGAGAACUUCAACGUGAAGAACGUGGUGAAAAUGUUGGUGAAUGAGAAUGAGGUGAAACAGUGGAAGGAGCAGGUGGAAAAGAUGAGGAAAGAACACAACGAGCUGCAGCAGAAGCUGGAGAAGAAGGAGCGAGAGUGUGAGGUGAAGGCUCAGGAGAAGGAGGAGAUGAUGCAGACGCUCAGUAAGAUGAAGGAGAAAUUGGAGAAAGAGAACAAUGAACACAAACUCACCAAACAACAAGUGGCUUCACUCACAGCUCAGCUUCAUGAGCUCAGUACAAGGGCAGCCCUUCCUGGAGCUCUUACUCACGUUCCUGAAACUCCUGGUGCUCCUUCUGCUCCUUUACCUUCAGCACCAGGCCUCGCUCCUCCUCCACCUCCUCCUCCAUCUGCUCCAGGUGGGAUUCCUCCUCCUCCACCUCCUCCUCCUCCUGGAGCUCCUCCCCCUCCUCUUGGACUUCUGUUCGGUUCUCCUGGAUCCUCAGCGCAGAAGAAGAACAUUCCUCAACCUUCAAAUCCUCUAAAAUCCUUCAACUGGGCCAAACUUAAUGAGAACAAGCUCGAUGGAACUCUGUGGACGGAUCUGGACGACCUCCGAGUUUAUAAAACUCUGGACCUGGAGGACAUUGAGAGAAUGUUUUCAGCCUAUCAGAGGCAGCAGAAAGAAUCUGAUGAUGACGCAACUGUAAAGAAAGUGAAGGAGCUGUCGGUCAUCGAUGGACGCCGAGCACAAAACUGCAACAUCCUGCUGUCACGGUUAAAGUUGUCCAACGAUGAGAUAAAGAAGGCCAUAAUGACCAUGGACGAGCAGGAGGACCUUCCCAAAGACAUGCUGGAACAGUUGCUGAAGUUCGUCCCAGAGAAGAGCGACAUCGACCUUCUGGAGGAACACAAACACGAGCUGGACAGGAUGGCCAAAGCUGACCGCUUCCUCUACGACAUGAGCCGGAUUAAUCACUAUCAGCAAAGACUGCAGUCGCUCUACUUUAAGAAGAAGUUUGCUGAAAGAGUCGCAGACAUCAAGCCAAAAAUAGAAGCUCUCCAUCAGGCGUCCACUGAAGUGCUAAAGAGCCAAAACCUGCGCCAGCUCCUGGAGGUCAUCCUGGCAUUCGGGAACUACAUGAACAAAGGUCAAAGGGGAAAUGCGUACGGCUUCAGAGUGUCCUCACUCAACAAGAUCGCUGACACCAAGUCCAGCGUCGACAAGAACAUCACUCUGCUGCAUUAUCUCAUCAUGAUUCUGGAACAGAAAUAUCCCAAGGUGGCGCUGUUCAAUAAGGACCUGCCGAAAGUCCCAGAGGCUGCUAAAGUCAACAUGACAGAACUGGAGAAAGACAUUAACAACCUGCGCAGCGGCCUGAAGAGUGUGGAGGCGGAGCUGGAGUACCAGAAGAGUCGUCCCCUGGACUCUGGGGAUAAGUUCGUGUCUGUGGUCAGUCAGUUCAGCACGGUAGCAGGAUUCAGCUUCUCCGAGGUGGAAGAUUCACUACAAGAAGCAAAAGAGAUGUUCCAGAAGGCGGUGAAGAUCUUCGGCGAGGAACCCAGCUCCAUGCAGCCUGAUGAUUUCUUCGGGAUUUUCGAUCAGUUCCUGCAGGCGUUCGCUGAAGCCAAACAGGACAACGAGAACAUGCGCAAACGCAAGGAGGAGGAGGAGCGCAGGGCUCAGAGGGAGGCUCAGUUGAAGGAGCAGCGGGAAAGGGAGCGGAAAGCCCGUAAAGCAAGGGAGAACUGCGAGGAGGACGGCGAGUUCGACGACCUCGUCUCCGCCCUCCGCUCCGGAGAGGUGUUCGACAAAGAUCUGAACAAAAUGAAACGCAACCGCAAACGAGCAAACACUCAGAACCUUGAGUCGAGCCGAGAGAGACCGGUCACCAAACUCAAUCUCUGAGGAAAAUUAGCACUAAUGCUAAGAAUUCAUUCAUUCAUGGCAAUAGACAUAAAAAAGACUGUAAACUUUGCACUAUUGUAGCCUGCUAGCUGAGCGGCUGAUUAGCCAUUCACGAGAAAUAAUCGUAAACAGAAAAGAAUCUGUGAGGACAUAACAUAGCAGUGCAACUGGAUUUUCAGUGUUAAAACUAAUGUAUGGUGCAGUGUGUGUUUUGGAGGAAAAACAUGCUAAUAAUGUGCCAUAUGAACGAUAAAGUAACCUUUUGCUAAAACGAACUGUUCUAGCAAUGUUAGAACUAGCUUUAUCUUAUAAGAAUAGUUUUUGUAGUAUGGCGCUGUAUUCGGGAUGGAAAAUGCGCUAACACCACCAUCUGGUGGUGAAGUUUACGUAUUACACCCUUAUAUUAUCUUGAACUUAAUUAAUAUAUUUUUUUUAUCUGAGGUAACAAAAAGCACACGAACUCAAAUCUCAUUUGGAAAUGCGGACUGACUCGGUUUAUAUAUGUGACAAAAUGUUUUAUCUCUCAGUUUUGGUGCGCUUUGAGUUUAUUAGUGAUUGUUAACAGGCACAAAAUGGCGACCCAAACCCCUGCUUCUUCCAGCUCCAGCGAGUUCGGUGUCGGUGUGUUUCCUGCUCUGACUGACACACCUGAUCCAGCUCAAUCAGCUGAUUAACACACACUUCACGAAGACAAAGCAUGUGUUUAAAUUGUUUUCAUUUACAAAUGAAGGCUUUUCUCACUAAUGAAUAUUUCAGCAGCAACAGUGAAACCUUUCUUUCUCAUUAUUUAAGCCUAAUAACAGAUUUUUUAAAGUGUUGUUAUGAAAUAAAGACUGUAAUAAAGGCUGGUGAGGAAAUAAUGAGGUUUUAUGAUGUUUCCCAGCAUUAAAUGUGCUGUAUAUACAGGUAAAAAGUAUAUGUUUACUUGAAAAUUGCCAAAUCGCUGUGAUAUAAAGGGAAGAAAACACUUUAGGAUGUGUCGAUAUAUCAAUACAACCAACUUCUAAUUAGAAACAGUUAUUCUACUUCAUCACACCUGUUAGCACAGGAGCCAUGACGCUAACGUGAAUGCUUAUAGCCACCAACCGAGUUCAUUCUGAGGUUCAGAGGAAGUGGCCAGAUUCCUUUAACUAAUAUCCUGCUAAAAACUGGCUAAAAUUUUGUGUCUUCAGAAGCAACAUUUUGCAAUAAAAAGAAAUUGCCAUAAUAAUGAGAGAAAACCAUAAAACUGAAAGGAAACAGCUUACUAAUAAACUCUGUGCGUGUGUGUGGAUAACUCUACUCUGAAGGUGAACCCACGUGGCUUGUAUAUUGCGUGUAUAUCACUGUAAUCUCUCUGUAUGUUCAUAUCUGUACAAUUGUAAGUAAUUUAUUAAUAAUCCAUCUUUGUGUUCUGAUUUUAUGAUUUAGGAUUGUGUUGUUAAUUCUGUUGAAUGCUUUUAUUCCCUCCAGUGUGCGGGUGUCCUUUUUAUUUAAACCAGUUUUUGGUAUGAAAUGGAUUAAAAUGAAAUAAAUGAACCAAAUCCAUGAGCUCAUCUGAUUCGUGUCAUGACGUCGGAUCCCUGGAAUGCCAGAGAGCCGCUCUUUAUAUCCCUCAGAUGCUGAGCUGGAACUGAGUUUUUGUUCUGAAUAAAGUGUCACACAGACAUCCAGCACUUUAACAGAAAUCUUUGGGAAGUACAGAUUUGGCAUUAUAGAUCUUUUUUAAAAUAAGUCAUUUAGGUUUGGUGUUUGUUAUCCUUUACUGUGUUUAUAGCUCCAGCAGAAAGCAGUGGUAUAUUUUUGACACCAGACAGAAGUUUUGGAGGGAUUCAAUA